AUGAUUGUUCCGCUUUGGGGUGUUUUGUUACUCUCAAGCUCACUUCCUUCUCUUUCCCUAAGGGCUCGGACGCAAAGCGUUUUUUCUGGAACUACCGAUGCACUUCAGCAGAACCACAAUACGAUGACAUUGCAAUCGUCGGAGCAGCAUAGGGGCAUCAUCACCAUGGAAGUGCACUCCCUGAAGGCGGCCCUGCUGGCUCUUCUGUUGCUGCUGCUCCUGCUGGGGCAUUGCUCCCCCUCGGCCACCGCGAGCCACCAGGUGCAGCGCCAGCGAGCGCCUUGGCUGCGCGACAGCAUCGACAUUAAGGACAAGAUCAUAGAGCUGCAGUGUCUGGCGCGAUGUGGGAGCACCACCAGCACACGGGCGGAGCGGGAGCGGUGCCUGGACCAGUGCAUCCUGGAGCUGCUGCGGGCACCGCGCGCCGGCAGCUGUCCCACCCUGGGCAGGCAGACACGGCCGCGACUAUCCUGCCUGGACAACUGUGUCUACGAUCACGACUGUGCCGAUGUGCAGAAGUGCUGUGUGUCCGCCUGCGGGCCGGUGUGCGUGGAUCCCGUGGGGGUGCGGAAUGACACGGAACUGCCGCCGAUACCCAGGAUCCAGUACUUCAAGAUGUCGCGCGGCCACAAGGUGGAGCUGCGCAUCGAGUCGUCGCUGCUGGUCUACUACUUCCACGUGGAGGUGCGCUCCCACAUCGGCCGCUUCUUUGCGCCCCGCAAGCUCGGCCUCUGGCAGUGGCAGAAGGUGGAGAAGAUAAUGGAGACGAACAGCGGGCGGAGCAAACUCACGGAUGUCUUCUUCAACAUGCGCCCGGGUCGCUGGUACCAGGUGCGGGUGGCGGCAGUUAAUGCGUUUGGCUUCCGCGGCUACUCCCAGCCCACGCGCCCCUUCUCCUCGACUGGCAAUCCGAAGCCCCCCAAAGCCCCCAACGAUUCGAAGAUUAUAUCUAAGCAGUACGAUGGACGCUUCAUGAACGCCAAGCUGGUGUGGUGCCCCUCCAAGUCGAAUCUGCCCGUGGAAAAGUACAAGAUCAUUUGGUCGCUCUAUGUGAACAGUGCAGAGGCAUCGAUGAUCACCCAGGACACAUAUGUGAAGGAUUCGCACCAGUUCGAGAUCAGGAAACUGUUGCCCAACUCCUCGUACUACAUACAGGUGCAGGCCAUUUCCUACAGCGGCUCCCGUCGACUGAAAUCCGACAAGAAGUCGUUGCUGUUCAACACCACGCUGCAGUCCCUCGAGCCCUAUGCUCCACUGCAGUGCUCCUCGCACAGCUUUAAGCGCAAGUAUCAUCACAUCACCAGCUCCAGCGUGAGCUCCACCACCAGCACCAGCACGGAGAGAACUUCCACGCCGGUCAACAUCAAUGAAGUUGCACCCGUCGUGAAUCGGACCAGCGCCGCUGCCACCUCGCAUGAUGUGCGUUUCCGGCUGAACCGGAAAUUCGGCAUGAUUGUGCAGAUUUUGGGAUUCCAGCCACACAAGGAGAAGGUCUAUGAACUGUGUCCCCAGGAAACCAACUGCGAACAGCGCGAGUUCAGUGCGAUUCGAGCAAAAAAAGAUUCUCUGGAGUUCAGCAAGCUCAAAUACAACACCACGUACGUGCUGAAGGCCCUGCGAUCAAGUCCAAACUCUGUGCUGGAUGAAACGAGGAAUGUAUUCACCUUCACAACGCCCAAGUGUGAGAAUUUCCGCAAGAGUUUUCCCAAGCUGGUGAUCAAGUGCGGCGGCGAGUAAGCAACGCCUCAGCCAGAGUAAGCGAUGGAGAGAGUUCAGACGCACCCCCCCAGACCAUGAGAUUAUACUAGAUUGUAAAUAAUUGUAUGUAAAACUUAACUUUUUACUUAUUGUUAGACCUAAGCACACCACAUACAAACUGAACAAAGAUCCCUCUCUCGAUCUCUAUGUGAAGAGGUCCUUGAA